AUGUUGCAGGCUCUGGGAGGACCUGUACCUCCAAACACUGACCAUGCCGUCAGUGUAUCACUUCCAACAUGGCGAGCAAAUGUCGGCUACGAGGAAGGAGAAGAUUGGGUCACAAAGAAGAUGCAAUGUGGUUAUCCCCGAUUCUUUGUCCAUCCCAUUAUUCAGAAGCUCGCCCAGGAGGUUCUUCGCCGAGUCGGUGACCCCAAUCUCGAGUCUGCAACCCUUUUUCCGUCGGUCAAGCAAGCGCGCAUCUGCCACUCCUUUUUGAUCGGAAAAAUCCCCGCCGACCAGGCCUACAAAGCGCGGAUCGUCAACUUCAUUCCAUCUCCGCAGACCGAAGCCGGUCCAACAAUUACGUCUUCCUUAUCGUGCGUCAUUUACCCCAAAGAAUAUGCCCCCAUUACCAAGCAAGUAUGGCAGCACUCGGGCAACGGUAUCUCCAGUCGACGAGGCGAGUUCUGUCUGGGGGCAUUGGAGGAUGGAUUUUUGGUGGAAGACAAGGGCCUUGCGACUGCGGAGUCGAUCUCACAACGUCCCUGCAAGGGUCCCCGCAGAUACCAAAGUAUCAGUGGAGCGAGAAAAGGCUCUGUUGGAGAAUCUCCUCCCAGGUCAAACAAUGAAGACGGCCGAGACUAUGCUCAAUUUAUCGAAGAGCGAUUUGGCCGAAACCUCAGCACUUCUCUCGCCAACCAGGCCAAACUGGCUGUUCGUAAACGUAUCGCGGGUGUUUUGACAGCCGAUGUUGAGUUGCCAGAAGCUCUGGAGACGGCUUCAUCCGAAGGUCGAGUUGCCGGUAUUUCUGAAGAUGAUGUCCUUCUUUAUCCUUCGGGCAUGAACGCCAUAUUCAACGCUCAUCAGAGCUUGCUGGCUACACGAGGCGAUUUACCAUCAAUUUGCUUUGGGUUUCCCUAUACUGAUACAUUGAAGAUUCUCCAAAAAUGGGGACCGGGCUGUGUAUUUUACGGACAUGGCUCCUCAGAAGACCUGGAUGAUCUGGAAUCUCGACUCAAGGCCGGCGAGCGAUUCCUUGGGCUUUUCACUGAAGCACCAGGUAACCCUCUUCUGAAAACACCGGAUCUCAAACGGAUACGCGCUUUGGCAGACCAGUAUGGCUUUGCCGUGGUGGUCGACGAGACCAUUAGCAACUUUUUGAACAUUAAUGUUUUGCAUCUGGCAGACAUUGUCGUCAGUAGCUUGACCAAAAUUUUCAGCGGAGACAGCAAUGUCAUGGGAGGAAGCGCUGUCCUCAAUCCUCAGGCACAGUAUUAUGCAGCUAUCAAGAAGACUUAUGACCGAGAUUACGAAGAUAACUACUGGGCAGAGGAUGCCGUUUUCUUGGAGAGAAAUAGCCGCGAUUUCAUUUCUCGCAUUGAACAAAUCAAUGCUACCACUGAGAACAUUACAGCUAUGCUGAAGGACUCUCCGCUGGUCAAAGAAGUUUACUACCCUAAAUACAGCCCCACAAAACCACUAUACGAUAGCCUCCGAAACGCCAAUGGUGGUUACGGUGGUCUCUUCUCUGUCACGUUCCACUCCACAGCUGAGGCGAUUGCCUUCUAUGACACCAUAGAGGUUCUGAAGGGACCCAGUCUUGGGACCAACUUCACAUUGAGCUCUCCUUACGUCCUCCUGGCCCACUACGGCGAAUUGGACUGGGCACGAUCCUUCAAUGUCGAUCCGGAUAUCGUGAGAAUCAGUGUUGGAUUAGAAGAGGUGUCUGAUCUUCGGUCCAGGGUACAACGGGCCUUGGAUGCUGUGCAAAAUGUUCAGUCAAGCGCAUAG